AUGGAGAGCGUCGUUCAAUUCAUCGUGGACGACACUUCUCCUACAAUCCACUACUCUCCCUUUGCGGAUACCUUUACUACCCCAAAUCUUGGUGCGGGCUGGAACCCAUAUUUUAACAUCUCUGGCUUUGCCGCUUCCAUAGGUGAGGUUGGCAAUGGCACUAGUCUGCACAUCACGUCUCUUGAUGGCGCUUCUCUCGCCUUCCAAUGGCGUGGAACUGGGAUCCAGUUGCAAGGGAAUGUUACUCUGGCGUCUUAUUCGGUGACCAUCGAUGGACAAUCAGUUUCCGUUAAUACUGAUAGUACCCAAACCGGAAGCAACGUUCUCGUCAAUAUGCAGGGACUGGAAGAUGUUGCUCACAAUAUCACAUUAACAGCUCAGAUACCACAAGGACAAAAUCCGCCUAAUUCUUCUAUGUUAGUUUUCGAUAAAGCGAUAAUAACUUCAUCUUCAAUCCCUGUUUCAUCAAACACAAGCUUCCGACAGGAUAUAGUUGUUGACAACGACAUAGCUUUCCUCGGAAGAUGGUCAUUUGAGCAAAUUCCUACUGGAUCCUCUUUCCAUACAUCAAGUACUGUAGGAGACAGGGCAAUGGCGACCUUUAACGGGACUGCACUCCUCAUACGGGGCACGACGUCUCCAGGCGCCGCAAAUUAUUCAGUGACUUUAGACAAUGUAACGAACUCUUUUUCCGCUCGUUCGUCAUUCACGGACUACGAAUCACUGUUGUUUUUCGCAUCGGGAUUGGAUCCCAAUGCUAUGCACUCUGUGGAGGUCCGGAAUCAGGGUGGGGGCGAGCUUUCACUGCUGGUGGACGGAUUUAGCACAUUUGUAUCUUAUAAGCAAGUUUCACAUCGCCUACCUUUGCUUAGCUUUACUAACUUGUCUCGUAGUUUACCUGUCCCUCCUGACAGCUCACCUACUGCUGGAGCUACAAGCAACAUGUCGUUUCCUAAAGGGACAAUCGCGGCUUUUGUUCUUGCAGGCAUUCUUGCCUUCAUACUGUUGGCGGGUUUCUUAUUUUUCUUCCUUUGGUAUCGUCCAAGAAGGCGUAGAAGUGGGCAACAAGUACACCACUUCGUUACGACCGGACUAGAAGAUAACUCCAAAGGAGGAGGCAUAGACAAUGCAAAUACCACAGGAGAAGGAAACUACGGCAAAGGGGAACCUUUCGAAGAACUCAGUCCUAUUAGCCCUGUUGUUGAUAACCAGCGACUUAGUGGUAUGAGUGGUUUUGCGCGUUGGAGAAGAGAGGCCGUCCGAGGAAGUUUUGGGGGUAUGAGUUUGCCUCUCCACUUCAGACAUUCAGGUUCUGCCGAAGAAAAGAGUCCCGAGACCAUUCAAGAGCGACCCAGGAGCGAGCAAAGUUUCCCCACAAGUUCAGACUCUUCGGCCAAACGGAAGGCACGGGCGAAAAGCAAGGGCAAAGCAAGACAGAUAACGGGGAGAUCAUGGUCUCCAAGCUUUACGCUCGACCUCCCACUGCAACAGCAAGGGCACCGCCAGUCCGCUGGGCAAAACUCAGCUAGAAUAACAUCCAUGGGCCAUCUAUCUUCAUUCGUCGCUGCAGAGCCUUCGCCUCAAGCUCUCCGGAAUCCCGCUCCGCCAUCCUAUGCUAUGUCUGUAUCUAACAGUGGCUCGACCCAAGAUUUCAAUCACAUCAACAAUUCUAUUUCCAACUCCACCUCUGCGUCUGAUCCAUCUGCAGGUAUUCCAUCUGGCCCACGGUCUGUUUCCCAUUCACCUGUUAAUGUUUCGUACCCACGUACCCACUUCCGAGAGAACAGUCAUGGGUUUCUCCUUCAUGAAGGCGAACCCAGUUCGGAUCCGGAUUCCCAAGAAGACACAUACGCUCAUCAGCAAUUAACGGGUCCCGAGGUCAUUCCCAUGAGGCCUUUGACGCGAUACGACGGUGUGAGCGUUACGACUGAAGACAACCCAAGCAUUACGGAACCAAGCACUAUGCGCCAGGUAUUACGAAGUUUGAGUCCUCGCACAAGCGAGGCCCCACAACGACAACCGCAAUGGCGCGAAAAUAGAACUCGACACUCUGUGCUCGUCCCGCCAUCCGUGGAAUCGCCAUCUGUUCAUGUACCCCCUGAACACGAACAAGCUGAGGAGCAAAAUAAGCCAGAACUAAAAAUACGUCCACUCCCACGGCCUCCAGCAUCCAGCACCAGUGAGGAAGAUGUUGAAGUAAAGGACGGGGUAUUUCUGAGCGUCAGGGCAACUAGUCCUUUCCAUGUCGAUUUCGAUUCACGAUCAGCUCGGUUAGCCAGCGACGAAUCAUCCGAUGGUGCGUACGCCACUGCGAGUACAGGCAAAAACGCAUCAACACAACCCACUGGAUCCCCACGUCGCCUUCCUGUCCCUCCAACUGUACAAAUGCCAGAGUUCAUUCAAGGAACUUCACGAUUGCCGUUCCGAUUGACGCCUAUUAAAUUUCCAAGGCCGUUAAUGUCAACGAGUCCACAGAGUUCGUCGAAACAGCCUUCGGAAGGUCAUUCAGAUGGGGUGACCUCCUUCCUUGACUUGACGGUCUCGCGAGAGGGAUCUAUGCGGUCGCGCUCAAUCUUCACAGGGUCCGAUCAGGAGAAAGUAAUCAAUGAAGGACGACUUUCUCUUCCUGGUGUCACAGAACCAAGAUCAAGAUGGAGCAACACGACGGUACCGAGCAUAGCGACCAAUCUACCUCCAGCGCCAGCGAACGACUCCUCUGGGGAGUCCCAAAAACUUUCCCCUUCCGAAGGUCUUUCUACUGACUCCAGCACUUUCCCGAUCGCCGUUCAGGUCAACAUUCCACCUUCUCCCCAUCAUAUCAUGGAUUAUAACCUUCCUCAGGCCCGUCAUUCGCGAACUUCUCGCGUUUCUGGCUUCACACAAGCUGGAGACCAUCUACACAUUCAUCCUCACUUGGAAGACAUGGAUUCGCCCACUGAGAGCAUACCCAUUUCUGUUUCUGACCUUCACUUCCGACACAGCGACUCCGAGGAUCUUUCUCAACGCAAUACGGUCGUCGAAGGCCCGACUCAUCCUCCGUUGCCAGGAAAUUCAGUUGAGGAGUAUCCUCGUCGGGCAUUUGAUCCCAGUAUCAUAGUGAACAGAGUUCUUGGUUUACCAUCCCCAAUCCUAACAUCAGCCGACCAUUCACGGUCAGCAUCUACGGCAGCACCAACACCUUCUUUCUCUGCCUUUUCCCAAAGGCCGAGCAAUAACACGAGUAACGAACGACUGGACCCUUCUAGUACUUCCGGACAUCCAUUUAGCUAG